AUGUGGGUUUAUACUAUCACGGUGGACAAUAUUUUAACCGCUCCGUGGCCGGUCAACGAGACCGAACUGGCGUGCGUUGUCUGUUUGACCCUGGAUGGAAUACGAUUCCUGCGUGAUCAGGGAAGAGCCUUGGCCACUCUGGGGCCGGACACGGUCUGGCUGAACAAAAGGGGGCAGGUCCGCCUUGCCGGCGUGGAACAGAGCUACCAGAUCAAAACGUCUGACACGAAUGCCGACACACUGAAAUUAACCGCCCUGGCAACGGGCAUGAGGAGCAUGAUGGCUACAGGUGCAGGGCACGGAAGAUGGAGCUCCGAGGCCCAAACUUUCCUGGAAAAUCUGCCCGUCAAGUCACUGGAUAUGCUAAUGAAGGAUCCAUUCCUCGAAAAGGCGACCGACGAGAGCGACCUGAAGCUAUGCGUCCACGGUGCAAACAAACAGGCCAGACAUGAUCUCGUACUGCUAUGA